UUUGUUCUGAAAAAAUCGACCGGAAAUAAGCCUAAAAACACCGACGAGGAAGAACAUGUUCGACUAUGGAAGCUAGGUAGCUUAGCAAAGCGGGUUUAAGAAAAAAUAUGGGCAAAAUGUCGAAUAAAAUUGUGCGAAUAUGAAUAGGUGUUAGUUGUGGCUUUUUAAAAAAAGCCGUUAAUCUGCUGUUUGUUUCAAGACGAUGUCAAACUUAAAAGCAGAUCCAACCAUGCCGCUCCAGUUUGUGUAUACCUACCAGGACUUUGUCACAGAUGUGCGUCGGAGCAGUGGGAACAGUCCCGGGAUGGCAUCGCCGCUAGCAAAGUUUGACACAACCAUCCAAGCCGGCUGGAGGGACAGAAUGGAGAGGGGACUUUUUCGCUACCAUCUGGGUGACUUACAAACACGUAUCCUGCCGGGUUCGCAUGGCUAUGUGGCCCAGUUGAACAUUCAAAGAGGAGUAGAGAGAAGAAAGCCUCAGGAAAUACUGAGCAUUCAGCAGGACUUCGAUGCCAGGCAGUUUAAUUUUAACAGAAUCAAUCCAGAGGAAAUCAUAUUUGAGAUGAUAAAAGAUACAGAGAGAGGCACAGCUUUUCAUGGCAAUGGACCGGUGCAUCAACCCUGUAGGAUGGUUGUACUGGUCAAUGUCAGUCCUUUGGAGUUUGGACAUUGUCUCUUCGUUCCAAAUCCAUCGUGUUGUUUACCACAGGUUCUGACCAGGUCCGCAAUCCAGGUCGGUAUUGAAUCUGUGCUCCUGAGCUCCGACCCUGGCUUCCGUGUGGGUUUCAACAGUCUAGGAGCAUUUGCCUCCGUCAAUCAUUUACACCUACAUGGCUAUUACCUGGACCACGAGCUCAAGAUAGAAUCUAUGCCAGUCAAGCCAUUGGCUCCUGAAAAGGGAUUUUAUCGCUUGUUGGACUUUCCUGCAGGGUUUUUGUUUUACACAGAAUCGGAGGAGGUGGAGAAAGUUGCCAGAGCCGUCUGUGAAGUCACAGACUUUCUUGUGGAUGGUAAUAUUGCUCACAACUUGUUCUUGAGUAGAGGAUGUCUGCCCUGUGAUCGCAUACCGGACGAAAAGAAUCUCUCUUCAAGAAAAGGUGUUCGCAUUGCUGUAUGGCCCAGAAUAUCCUGCUUCGGGGCCAAAGAGGAGUCUGCCUUCAACGUUGCUCUAUGUGAGCUGGCUGGACAUUUACCAUUUAAGAGCAAGAAGGACUAUGAGCUCACUACUGAGAAAGAUGUAGUAGAUAUCAUUCACAGGUAUCUUCUGCCUGAGCGGGAGUUUCACAGGUUGGAACAGCAGCUUACUUGUCAUUUAAUGGAUUCAUAAUGUACGGAAGCCUUGUUAAAUCUUGUGCUCCAGCUACAAAUCAACAUAUAUUUCACAGUUUCCAGUGUUCCAGGUUUUCUGUGACAUAAAUUAAGAAAAUAAAACAUAUCUUCACAUUGGAGCUCUGCAGAAUCACCUGUCCUGCACAAAGCCUAAAUACAGCAUUGGAUGUGCACACGACCACUAUCCUGAAUACAUUUCAAAGCUUCCACUCAGCCAUAAAGAGGAUUACAAAUAUUUAGAUUUAUCAUUAUUAUAUUUACAAAUAAAAGUGUGCUUUAAUCGUCUGACAGAUGUGUUGUAGUAAAACUAGUAUCGAAUAAAAUGCCAAAAGCACUUUAUAUAAAAACAUAUGUUUUGCAUUUAGUUUUUGUUAGUUCCAGUUCUCAGUUGUGUAUGUUAAGUAAGUCAUUGACCUUUUCACAUCGCUCAUUUCAGCUUGUCAAAGCAGCAGCACCAUCACGGCUUACUGGUACAUUUGAAUGAAACAGAGCCAUCGUAAAUGUUACUUUUUACACUUUUGCUUUUCUUCUGAAGACCGGUCAGAAUAUCUGCUAUGAAGAUGCACAAUGUAAUGUUUAUUAAUAAAGUAACAGAAGGAACACGGAGGUUCAACUUUCCCAGGCAAUGAUGAUGUUGACGUAGAGCUGGGUCCUUUCAGGACGACAACUAGAACAGUGUCCCGAUGAAGUCAGUUCACGUAUAAAUAGAGGCAGCUCCUUGAAAAAUUGAAAUGAAACAAAAUGUGUUGUUUUUCUCUUGUAGAAAAGCGAAAGUCACAAGGGUGAGAUCAUUUAAUGGAAAAGUUGUGUAAACUGAAUAUCGCUGAUGAUGCUGUCAACAGUGCGUGUGAUACUGAGCAUGACUCCUUGGAGCUAAAGUAAAAAAAUAAAAUAAAAUAAUUCAAGGCA